GCCUUUUGCACCCACCCCCGCAAAACUACAGGUCUUCAGUCCCUGCUUAACGCGACCAUUGCGUCGCGCCCUAGUUUAUCCCAACCGCAUUUGCUCUCAUCUGAGCCCGUUAAGUCUAGCUCAACGCCUAGGUUUCAUCUCGGGAUCGCAUAGAUCUGAGCUUCCUCUGCAAUUGUGACGCGUGAUGCAGGUCCCGUUUUCAAUUGCCGUCCGGAAUUAAGGUCUCGUCCCACUGCGUAAAGCCAUGUCAAUGCGAGACACUCCCGCCACGUCGGCAUGGACGGUCGACGCACUGAUGGCUCAAGCUGACAGUUAUGUUGCGACCAAGGAGUAUGCGAGAUCCACAUUAGAGGAGAUAAUAGACGAGGAGGCUUAUGUUGCAGCUCGUGCCCGUAUAUCAAGAGCUGUCUGUGGGUCAGGGGAAUCAGGAGGAGAAAUGAAAGGAGUCCAGGGAACAGGAGGAGAAGGGAGAGCAGGAGGAAGUGGAGGGACUAGUACGGUGGAGUUGAAUGGAGUGAACAAGCAAUGAGCCCUGAUGCCGAUGGUGUAGCGGAAUUCGAUACUGUACAUAGAAUGGAGGUCCUGUACAACCGUUGCGAUGUUGUUAUGACAAACGAGUUUGGUGAUUGCAGUAGUCUUGGCCAUUGUGAUAAUGAGUCUUAUGUGCCAGUGGAAAUUGGGACUCCAGCAUGAUGUUAGGCGUU